AUGGGUGGGUGUCUAUGAGCUCGGUCUGAAGAGAGAGUCCAUGAUAUGAAAAAUCUGGAAUAGAAGAAAACUUUGCUCUGGCAAAAUUACUUUCCAUGUGAGGGGUCCCAUUCCUGGUUUUUCUUUGUUAUAAUGGAAGAACUGGGAUCUUCAGAAAUAGAGGCACAUUAUCAAUGCCUUGUAAAUGGAGGGACAUUUUGUCAGAUGGCUGAAGCCUAAACUGCAGAUGAAGUAAACUUCUAGCCUUUAUGACACCACUUUAUCGAUCUGGACAAGUUGUGGGUCAUUGUUGGCUGCUUGAUAGCCUAGCUUUUUCCUAGUCUCUAAGGACUACAUAGGAUACUGCUGAAUCCUGAAUCUCUCUGCAGAAGACAAAAGGCUGGAGAAAGACUCCAGAAAAUCCAGCUGUUAUAGAAAAAAAAAAGAAUAAUAGUGAAAAUCUUCAGGACACAGGACCGAACGGCCUGCUAAUCUGUCUUCUAAACUCCAUGCUGUCGGAUGAAGGUAAAAAAGGACUUAACCUAAGGGCUCUCUGACAGCUUGUCUCCUUUGAAUGGGUCAGAUAUUAGGAUCAACUUGGAUUUGGAGCGCAUCUGAAUCAUGGAGCUUCGAGUGGGAAACAAAUAUCGGCUGGGGCGAAAAAUUGGUAGUGGAUCCUUUGGAGAUAUUUAUUUGGGUGCCAAUAUUGCCACAGGAGAAGAAGUAGCCAUUAAAUUGGAAUGUGUGAAAACCAAGCACCCACAGCUCCACAUUGAAAGCAAAUUUUACAAGAUGAUGCAAGGUGGAGUGGGCAUUCCUUCCAUUAAGUGGUGCGGGGCAGAGGGUGACUAUAAUGUGAUGGUGAUGGAACUUCUGGGGCCCAGCCUAGAAGACCUUUUUAACUUCUGCUCCCGCAAGUUCAGUCUCAAGACUGUUCUGCUUCUGGCAGAUCAGAUGAUCAGCCGUAUUGAGUACAUUCAUUCCAAGAAUUUUAUCCACCGAGAUGUGAAACCAGACAAUUUCCUAAUGGGACUUGGCAAAAAAGGCAACCUAGUGUACAUCAUUGAUUUUGGUCUGGCCAAGAAGUACCGAGACGCCCGUACCCACCAGCACAUUCCCUAUCGGGAAAACAAAAACCUAACCGGCACAGCCCGUUAUGCCUCUAUCAACACUCACCUUGGGAUUGAACAAAGUCGCCGUGAUGAUUUGGAGAGCUUGGGCUACGUACUGAUGUACUUCAAUCUUGGCUCGUUGCCUUGGCAAGGCCUAAAAGCUGCCACAAAGCGACAGAAAUACGAGCGCAUCAGUGAAAAGAAGAUGUCGACACCCAUCGAAGUGCUCUGCAAAGGCUAUCCUUCUGAGUUCUCUACAUACCUCAACUUCUGCCGUUCACUGCGGUUUGAUGACAAACCAGAUUACUCUUAUCUGAGGCAGCUGUUCCGCAAUCUCUUCCACCGUCAGGGUUUCUCCUAUGACUAUGUAUUUGACUGGAAUAUGCUCAAAUUUGGAGCAGCCCGGAAUCCUGAGGAUAUGGACCGGGAGAGGCGAGAGCAUGAACGAGAGGAAAGGAUGGGGCAGCUCCGGGGUUCUGCUACACGGGCACUGCCUCCUGGCCCUCCUGCUGGGGCCACUGCUAACCGCCUCCGCAAUGUCGCUGAACCCAUGGCCUCCACACCCACUUCCCGCAUCCAGCAGUCUGGAAACACAUCUCCCAGGGCAAUUUCACGGGUAGACAGGGAACGCAAGGUCAGCAUGAGGUUACACCGAGGAGCCCCCGCCAACAUCUCCUCAUCUGACCUCACAGGACGGCAAGAAGUGUCACGGAUUUCAGCAUCACAGACCAGUGUGCCAUUUGAUCACCUGGGGAAAUGAAGAGUGGAUUCCACCAGACCAGUGUUUGCUUAGUGUCUUCACUGUAUUUUUCUUUUAAAAAACAAAACAACAAAAACAAAUUAAAAGGAAAAAACAAAAAAAAAGCCAACCUUUUUUUUCCCCCGCCAGCAACAAGGAGAGGAUCUGCCCUGUGCUGGCAUCCUUGUCUUUCCUGAGAUCAUCGGCUGUGUUCCCGAACCAAAUUGCCUUUGACGAGUCACUCAUGCAGGAGCCUUGCAGGAACACCUUUGCUGCUGUUGUGCAGCUUCCUCUCCAUAGGCCUUGCCCGUCUCAUGCCAGCAGGCCGUGGCCACCACCCAGAUCUUUCUGCUUCCCUUUCCGAUCUAUAUGUAUUGUUCACACAAAAAAAAAAAAGAGAGAAGCCUUAUUCGAUAUUGUUUUGAAAGUCCAGUUAGUUAAGAAAAGAAGGUUUCCAACACAAUUUUAAUCACAUCUUUGUUCUGUGGUUCUUGGGUGGGGAGGAGGAUGUUUACAGGAGACUUUAAAAAUUCCAGCUCCAAGGAGCUUCAGGAGGUGGUUUAACAUUCAUUUCAAAUUUGGCUGCAGUGGUAAGCUGGCACUGCCUCCAGGGGAGAUUCAGUGGACGAAGGCUGCUAUUUGUAUUCAGGCAUUCUUUCUUUUGGGGACACCACUGCCCCUGUGUGUGCAUUCGUGUGGGAUGCUAUAGGCAUACCAAUAAGGUGAACAGGACUGGCACAGCAGCAGUUGUGUGUUAAGGGUGUGGAUGUGGGUAGUGAUAUCUGCUGUGCAAGGCAGCAACAAAUGUGAAGGGCGUAGAAAUGUACCCUGCUUCUAGUGCAAGGGAUGGCAGUCUCUCUCUUUCUCUCUCUCUCAAGCAACCGGUUUGGAUGUGUUUAGUUUUAUUAUUUUUAUUUUGUUUUUGUUAUUUUCUUGCAGGAGUAGGGAUGGAGCUGAGGAAAAGGGAAGGGGUAUGUGAAUGAUAGGGGCGGGAGUAGAAGCCACGCAAUUGCAGAGGUUAUUCCAUGUAACAUCAAUUUUAGAAGGACAAACACAUCUUCCCUCUUCAGUAAGAAGAUUUCUUCUACCUUUUUGCCCCCUUCUUGUUUUUAAAUUUUUAGGUUUUAUUCAAGAAAACAAUCUGUCUUUAGUUCUGCAUCACAGCCAUCAUCAACUGUCCUCCAGCCUUUAGCUUGGGGUUUGUUUUUUUUUAACGUUGGGCAGUCUGGAAUGUUCAGAAGUGGAUCGGCCUUGGCGUUUUUGGGUUUCUUUUUUUAAUUCUUCUAUUUAACACAGGUUUUUUUUGUUGUUGUUUUCCCCUAAUUUAUUUACCCUGCUUAUUGUGUCUCUCUCCUUUUUUUUAAUUAAGUAAAAAAAACCUUUUUAUUACUUUGUAAUUUUAAAACAAAAACAAAAAAACAAAAAAUUGAACUUUGGGGGGUGGGAAUUUUGUACUUUUUUCCUGUGUAAAUAUUGGACUUUUUUGAGCUUUAUUGUGGUUGUUAAUUUGAAGUAAUAAAGUAGAAAAUGAUAAAGUGA